CCCUGAGUCCGGCGCCUGCGCUUCCCGCCUUUCCGGUCAGUUGCCGGUGACACCGGAGGGAGGAGGGAGCGCAGUGGCGGGCGGAUGGCUUCAUUUCAAAGAUCCAACAGUCAUGACAAGGUUCGAAAAAUUGUGGCAGAGGAAGGACGUACAGCCAGAAACUUGAUAGCCUGGAGCGUCCCUCUGGAGAACAAAGAAAGUGAAGGGAAAGCCAAAUGGCCAUGCGGAAAACCUAAGAGAGGAACUCAUGGAACGCAUGGAGCACAUAAACCCCCCAAACAGAGUAACUCCUUACACCUUAAACUAAAUGUUGGCUCCCUGAGUGAUAAGCUCCAAGAUAAAAGCCCCUCCAAGACGAGGCUUCCCCGAAAAGUGGACCUGCGUGCCCGGUACUGGGCAUUUCUGUUUGACAAUCUAAGAAGAGCUGUGGAUGAGAUCUAUGUAACUUGUGAAUCCGAUCAGAGUGUUGUGGAAUGUAAGGAAGUGUUAAUGAUGUUGGAUAACUACGUGAGAGAUUUUAAAGCUCUUAUUGACUGGAUUCAGCUACAGGAAAAGUUAGAGAAGACAGAUGCUCAGAGCAGACCUACCUCUUUGGCAUGGGAAGUCAAGAAAAUGUCUCCUGGACGCCAUGUCUUGCCCAGUCCAUCAUCUGAUCGAGUGAGCUCCACUUCUACUGCGAGGAGGGCCCUCAAUUUUGGGGGACCGUCGCUCGCUAUGACUCCUGGGCGUUUGACUCCAUCAGGUGUCAGUUGGGCUGAUAAAGUGAAAGCAAAUCAUGGAACUGCUACAAGUAAUCAGGUUACAGAGAUUAUGCACCAAUGUGCCUCUGCCCCAAUACAGCGAGCGCUGCAUGACAAUGAUCGGACAGAUACAGAAGGCUGGAAGACUGUACAACGUGGAAGGCCUGUACGAUCGAGAUCUUCUGGUGUGACAAACAAGCCUGCUCCUUCAGCCACAGAACAUAGGGCGAAAGAUGAUAGUGACAAAGAAAACAUGUGUUCCAAGUCUCCAGAAGAGAGCCAUGAACAGACUGCAAAAUCAGAGCUCCCUCCGGUACUUGUCGACCCUCCUCCUAAGGAAUUGCUAUGUCCAUGUGAAAUUCCACUGACGGAAAUCACUCAGUUUACAGUCCACAAGGCUUUAGAGGAACUAAAGUCCACCGGGACAUUAACCCCACAGUCGGCACCAUCCCUACCCUGCCUGGACAUCCCUGUUGUGUUCCUGGAUCCCUUGUCAAGAAUACGAAAGGCCGAGGUCACCCGCACUGCAGACCCAGAAGGGGGAGAGAGAAGUGCCAGUGAUCUGGACCUUUCAAACGUGAGUGCUGGAAGAUUGUCCAUGGCAGAGGUUCUUGCAAAAAAAGAAGAACUUGCAGACCGUCUGGAAAAAGCCAAUGAAGAAGCCAUAGCAAGCGCCAUUGCAGAGGAAGAACAGUUAACCAGAGAGAUUGAGGCAGAAGAAAAUGACAUUGAAAUAGACAAUGAAAGCGAGUUCUCGGCUAGUAUGGGCAGUGGAUGUAUGUCAUUCAGUGGUAUGUCCAUGGACUGGAAUGAGGUUCUGGCAGAUUAUGAAGCUCGUGAGUCGUGGAGACAGAACACUUCCUGGGGAGAUAUAGUGGAAGAGGAACCUUCUAGGCCACCAGGUCAUGGUAUCCACAUGCAUGAAAAGCUGUCCUCACCCUCCAGGAAAAGAACGAUUGCUGAAUCCAAAAAGAAGCAUGAAGAGAAGCAGCUGAAGGCACAGCAGCUGAGGGAAAAGCUGCGAGAAGAGAAAGCGCUUAAGCUUCAAAAGCUGCUUGAAAGGGAGAAAGAUGUGCGAAAGUGGAAGGAAGAAUUGCUAGAGCAGAGGCGCAAAAUGAUGGACGAGAAGCUGCUCCAUGCAGAGUUUAAGCGGGACGUUCAGCUACAAGCCAUUGUGAAGAAGGCUCAGGAGGAGGAAGCCAAGGUAAAUGAGAUUGCUUUCAUCAACACUUUGGAAGCUCAAAACAAGCGUCACGAUGUCUUAGCUAAACUGAAGGAAUAUGAGCAAAGACUCAAUGAGCUGCAGGAGGAGCGGCAACGGCGGCAGGAGGAGAAGCAAGCGCGUGAUGAAGCUGUACAGGAACGCAAACGAGUUCUUGAAGCAGAACGUCAGGCCCGGGUUGAGGAGCUGUUGAUGAAGAGGAAGGAACAAGAAGCUCGUAUAGAGAUGCAGCGGCAAGAAAAGGAGCGUGCUCGAGAGGAUGCAGCUAGGGAAAGAGCUAGGGACAGAGAAGAAAGAUUGGCCGCACUGACAGCAGCACAACAAGAGGCAAUGGAGGAGCUGCAAAAGAAGAUCCAGCUUAAGCAUGAUGAGGGUGUACGGAGACACCUGGAACAGAUUGAACAACGGAAAGAGAAAGCUGCAGAGUUGAGCAGUGGAAGACAUGCAAGCACAGACUAUGCUCCUAAACUCACCCCAUUUGAGCGGAAGAAGCAGUGCACUCUCUGUAGUGUAAUGAUUUCCUCUGAGGUGUAUCUCUUCAGUCACAUUAAAGGAAAGAAACACCAAUUGGCCGUUCGAGAGAACAGUAGUAUCCAGGGCCGGGAAUUAUCUGAUGAAGAAGUGGAACAUCUUUCUCUGAAAAAAUAUAUUGUGGAUAUUCUGGUUGAAACCGUUCUUCCUGUUGAAGCUGUAAAGGAUGGGGAAGAGAAGCUAAAAAAUAAAAAAAAAGCUAAAAAGCUGAAGACCCGUAUGAACUCCAGAGCAAAAGAAUAUGAGAAAGCUGUGGAAGCUAAACCGCCUGUGUCUGAUUCUCCAUACAAAGCUAAGCUGCAGCGACUUACCAAAGAUCUCCAGAAACAGUUGCAAUCACAAGACAGUGGGCUCUCUGCCUCCAAUAAAGUGUCUGCUCUGGACAGAGCUCUAGGAGAAGUCACCAGAAUCCUAGAAAAGCAGAAUGCUUCCGAUCAGAUAUCCUUCCAAGCUGCUGGUGGGCUGACGGUUUUAGAACAGAUCCUGCAAGCAGCAACACCUACGUGUAGUACCAGCCCAUCCUACCGCAUUCCUUUCAAGUCUCUUUGCAGUGCUGUGAAUAUCUACACAUUAACUUGCAGUAACUGUCCAGAGAAUUGCACCUACGUCCUGCUGAGCAGUAGAAUCACAUUCCUUCUGGAGCUACUCAUACAGCAGCUAUCGCUGUUUGUACCAGAUGAAGAGAAGACCAUUGUAGGAAGGAGCAAUAACAAGCAGACGUUUGAUGGUUUGACUACUGGACUCCUCCAUCUCUGCUGUAAGAUAUUUUCUUGUCUAAUUGCCAAUCCUCUGGCUCAAAGUGAACAGACAGACACCAGCAAAAUAAAAGCUGUAACCAAAGCUAAACUGUCCCCAACUGAUGCUUUUAUUGGCCGUAUCCAAGACCUCAUCAGUUACGCAGUUAAUAUUGGUCUAAUUGACAAGCUGUCUGGCUGCUUUAUAUCCGUACAAGGUCCUCUGGAUGACAGUCCCAAAAUGUCAGAUUUCCUGCAGGCAGCAACUGCUCUGUUACAUGAGCUCUGCAGGCUAUGCAUUUCUGUAGCUCCAAGUUCCCGGGACUUAUUUGAAAGCUCUCCGGAUCCCACAGGUCUGUCAGGUGCCCUCCAGAACGCCGAUCUUGUGGGUGUUCUGCAUAUGUUGUAUUGUGCACUGUUCCACAAUUCCUCCUCCGACCCCAGUGUUUCUAGCUCUAAAGAAACCUAUGAGCAGAAUACUAUCCAAGUGGCAAUUCACAGUUUGCGGUUUCUGAACAGCUUUGCUACACUUCAUCUACAGUCGUUCCAGGCUGUCACAGGUGCAGAGGGUAUGUCUCUUGCCUUCCGACAUGUUAUUAGUUGCCUGAUUUGGUUCUGCACACAAUACACCUGUGAGGAUCUUCUUCAUGAAAUCAUUGUGUGUGUUGGAUACUUCACAGUGAAUCACCCCGACAAUCAGGUCAUUGUCCAGUCUGGCCGUCACCCCACCGUUCUUCAGAAACUCUGCCAGCUCCCCUUCCAGUAUUUUAGUGACUCCCGGCUGGUCCGGCUCCUAUUUCCCACGCUGAUCUCCGCCUGCUACAACAACCCCCAGAACAGACUGAUUUUGGAGCAGGAGCUAAGCUGUCAGCUGCUUGCCACUUUCAUUCAGGACUGUUUGCAAGGAUCAAGUCAUGCCGACAGCAGGACGUCUCAGCACAAAGACCGUUCCCAGCAGUACCUGGAAUUCUCCUGCCGUUUCCCACGCCAGUGCUGGGAGCCCUCACGGCAGUUUUUUCUGAAAAAAGACUAAGCUUCUAUAGUUAUUGCUUUUAUGUGUUUUAUAUAGGAUGAUUGGCUCAGGAUCUGGGCCUUGCAUAACGUAUAAAGAACUGAGAUUCCAUGUAAUUAUACUAUGUAAUUAUGCCUAACCUGCUGCGUGUAAAAAUGCCUUUAUAUAUUUAAUGUGCACUAUUUAUAUGUUGUGUGUGUAGAUAAAGUGUGCUGUGAUAUUUGGCUCGCGUGCUAGACUUGACUUGGCCAAUCCUUAUAUUGUCGCUCACUACCAAAGGAUUCUCAUCUAGCACAUUGUUUAGCAGUGGGUUGAAGAUCAUCUGGCAGUGACCAUUCAUUGUAUUAAAGUGAACACUUCUGUACUAUAUAUCUCGCAAUAAAGUAACUUAUUUUCA